GCAAGAUUUAGCUGUAAUGUUAAUAGAGUAAUUCGAGAAGGCGCCAUGGCCGUCGGCACCAGCAUCAUGGAGAACGCGGCCGACUUUGUCGAGUAUGUGAGCAGAUCUACGUUUCGAAUUGGAGCACUCGCCGCCGUCCAAGUCGCAGUGUUUGUGUUCGUGCAAGUGUUUCUUGCCACUGCCGUAUAUCGUCCAGCCGUCGAGAGAGAUCCGUCGACAAUGAUCUUGGCCAUUCCAGAUGCUAGAUAUGGAUACGGCACGCAGGACCUCUUUGAAUUGUACAUGUGGAUGGGUCCUGCGGUUCGCCGGUGGUACAUCUACUUUGAGCUCGUGGAUCUCUUCGUCUUUAUCCCGACAUGUAGCGCAACCGUCUCGUUCCUUCGCCUUCUCAUGCCUUUCAAUGUAGACGCGCCGUUCUUGACCCUACUUCUCCUUCUCGUCCACCGCCGCUUGGGUCGUCACGAACCGUUGAUCAUCUACCUGCCAUUUGUCGCGGCAAUUUUCGAUGCAUUUGAAAACGCUGCGCACAUCUACACCGCGCACACGUUCGAGUCACUUGAGUCCGUCCAGAAGGAGACGUGGAUUCUUGCAGCACACGUCGGAUCGAUCUCCAACAUCUUCAAGUGGGGCGCCAUCGGCGCCGUGUUCGUGUUGUUGUGCUGGAACUUCGGGAAAACUACCAUCCACGCCGGUCUGGACAACACAGACCCCUCAAAGAAAUCCGAUUAAUCUUCGCAUUGAACAUUACAAAAGAUUCGAAGAGUUAUUUACAUGCGUCUUGCGCCUCUACACACGAGAGCGUGAGCGUUGAUGAGUGUCGUUGCGGGCUUACCUCGAGCAGUGGCUGCUUUCGCCUGGGCUUCGCCCAGCAGCUCACGGACAUACGUUUCCGAAACUUGCCUGGCUAACUUGGGUGGGGGGUCGCAGAGGUUCGGUAGCGAGAUGGGUAGGUGAUUCUGUUCGUUGGCACUAAGUACGGACGCUCGAAUCGAGGAUGUUUGGUCGAGCAGAGGGGUGCCGAUGUCACUGUCGUAGACGUCGUCCACGAUUGAGCAUUUAGCGCUACCACCACCGCCAUCCUUCGCCGUGGCGUCUUCUUCUCGCAGCGCACGGUCUUUCAGCUGUGCCUGGACGAGCUUCUUUCUCGGCGAGCACUGCCCGACGUCCUUGGCGCCGCAGAUAUCCACCAUCAAGUCCACUCAG